UCAGAGCUGCUGUACAUAAUAAUAGAGCCUAAUGAGCCGAGUCCACGUUUUCUUUUCAAAAAUUCAGUUUUAUCCGUGAUUUUGCUUUUACCCUGUAAUUUUUUUUUAAGUUUUACAUUUCAUUUAUUCAAUUGCAAGUACACGUGAGUAUUUGAAGUGCUCGUCGAACGAGUUAAACAACUAUCAAAGAAGAUUUCGUCAGGAAAUUUCAUUCUGGAGAACAGAACGUGACCGAGAAAGAUUAUUACCGCAGUCUGGUAGUGUGCAUAAAUAAUGUUAAAGAUUGGGACGGAGGACGCAAGUUACGCGGACCACCAAAAAAGUAGAAAGAAAACGUCGACGAGUCUGUCAUACGUAUCGAUAAAUAAUAUAAGUCGCGAAUUCAUAUCCGAUUUCCUUCUUCAUUCCCCUUGAGCUUAAGGUUUAUGUAUUUAAAAUGUUUUUUUUUUUAAAUACUUUAUGAUUGAUAUUUGCCAUAUCAUAAAGUAAUUUGUCAAUUGAUCCAAUGUACUAUUAAAUUGACAAAAUGCUUUUUCGUUUGAAAAAUAAAUAGAAAAUUUCACCACAUACAUCUUGUCACACGCUAAUUUGGAAGAGCGUGCUCAACAAGGGCGACCCACGUUCAAAUUAUUGUUGGCCCUGACAAGGGCCGUUGGUUUGUCUUGUCUGACAAAAGAGGCUUAAAGAAGCUUGAUUUUCGGCUUCCUCGGAGACGCUCACCUAGCCUUCAGGCGCUAGAUGAUGGCGGUUGGCGAGACGGGCGUAGGUUGUUCGAGGUGGCCCCGUUUUUUCGGCGAGACGUCUAUGAUUUUCCGGGUCUUGGUGGUGUCCGCGUGAGUCCGUUGCGGCCGCGUGAUGAUGCGGGCCGUGGUUUGGAUUAUGUCUGGAUGGAUGGUGGUCUUGGCCGGAGUCCGUGCGGAAGUCUGGGAAGGCCGUUGGACUGGGCCGAGAAUCUCUUCAACCACCAGAUUGUUCUCGCUGGGAAGGUCUGGAGUCGCCGGUUGCGGGAGCCGUGAUGUUAAACCGGGUUUCGGCGUCUUCUUGGCGGCAGCUCGCUUUUUUCGGAUGGCUUCUACUCGCUCUUCGCAUCGGCGAUCUAAGCGUCGCAGGUAGGAGGCUGUUCUUCUUCAAGGCAUUGAUGGAGGUCCGUCCCGUACCGCUGUUGAAGUUGGAGUGAGCUGUCUAGGGAUGCCGCCGUGUGAAUCGAUUAAUUGAGAAAUCGAUCUUUUCGGUGGCAAUAAUCGAUAUAUUAAAUCGAUUCUUUUCGUUCAAUUAAUUGAUUGAAUCGAUUUUUUGAGUGCAAGAUCGACUGCGUAAAAUUGUAUUUCUUGUUCUUUUAAUUUAAAAAAACUUUAUUUACGAAAAAUAGCGUCAUAAGAGUACUAAGUAGCCCUCGCAUGGUUUGUGCGCUCUGCGCCUCUGCGUCGUGUUCCACACGUUUCGUUAUGCACAAUGCACAUGCGCAAUUCGCAUUUAUAUUUUAUAUUAUCGUUAUUCUCGUUCUCUUUUUUAAUCUUCAAAAAAAUUAUCAUCGCUAGAGUCUUUGCAUGUUGUGCUUCGAACUUCGGUCAUCAUGACGUCGUGUGCACCUGCAGGUAAGAUUACCUUAUAUAUUUAAGUGCAUUUCUUCAUUUAAUUUAAAAACUUGCACGCGACAUACAGGUUAUGUUUUAGCGUGCCCGUGCACGCACAGGGCAGGUCGCCAGUCACCAGUUUGUCGAAGACUUAACACUUUUCAACAUUUUACGCUAUUGUAUGUAUAAUGAAAAACUGAAAAAAAUAUGUCAAGUGACUUGUCACUUUUCGAAUCCAGUUUGUGCAAUAUUUUUGGUAAUAUAUUUUUGCUUGAAUUUUUAGAAGAAACUUCGGCCAGGGUGUACUCGAUGUAUUUCCAAAUUAAUCGACAGGAUCCUUGGAAAGCUGACGGGAUCGACUUUGCGACGUACAUUAAAUUAAAACAUUCGAAAGUAUUUCCGAUUGAGUACGUCAAAGAUUUAUUGGACAAAACGGCAAUCUUGAACUAUGACGAAGACAUUGAGGUAUUGCGCCGGUCCAUCGAUGGCAUUGAUUAUGAGGUGAUUUUCGCAAAAGAUGAAGAUGUAGAUGAAGUGUCCUCGAUAGGCCCAGCAGAAACUAACAAGACGGCAUUGACAGCAAGCACCUCCGGAACCACUACUAUGGGUCCUGAUUCUCCAACUCCGAUUCCCUCAAUCGUCAUGGACAAGCACGCAUCAAAAGGACCGCGAUUCAAGCCGACUCAACCGAAGAAGAGCAGCGUCUGGACAUAUUUCGUCAAAACCCAGGACGGUGGUCAGUGCAAACUGUGCCAUAAAGAUGUCAAAUCUCGUGGAAAUACUACGAAUUUGACUAACCAUAUACUUAGGAAUCACAAAAACGACAAAACUCCAAAGCUGAUACGAGAAAAUACUCAGAGUUCAAUACAAAAAAAUAAUCUCGAAAUUGAUCCGGAUGAUCCCGUCGUCGCCACUGUUUCUACACAACGUGAUACGCAUUGCCAACCCAGGAUCGACACGAGCGUUUCUAGGAUAUCUUCGUUCAAAAAUGGAGGUUCCAAAGCUAGUGCAAUCACGAAUGCGUUGAUCUAUAUGAUCGCGAAAGAUGAUUUGCCCAUAAAUACAACCGAGAAAACCGGAUUCAAGUACUACAGCUCCGUUGCUACGCCGCUUUAUGACGUUCCCAAGCGCACCGCGAUAACCGCUGCUAUUGAUCGAAAAUAUGAAGUGCUUUCAGCGCUAAUGAAAGAAAAGUUUCUCCAGAUUGCCAACGUCACGCUUACUGCAGAUAUCUGGACGGAGACGAUGAAUACGCAAAGUUUUCUGGGAUGCACUGCCCAUUUCCUCGAUGAUGACAAACUUCUGACGGUAGCCUUGGACACGGUGGAAUUGAACGAGCGCCACACGAGUGCAUAUAUUCAGGGCACGUUUAAGUCAAUAUGCGAAACUUGGAACAUCGAGCUUGAAAAAGUCAGCGCUAUUGUCACGGAUAGUGGAGCGAACGUUUUAAAAGCGGCGUGCGAUACAUUCGGUUCGAACCGUCAUCUAGCGUGCUUUGCCCAUUCACUCAAUCUGGUGUUCACGAGAGUCAUCGAUGGAACUGAACCCCUGAAAGAGCUGAUCACAAAAAUUAAAGUCAUCGUCACAUACUUCAAGCAUUCAACGCCUGCUGCUGAUGAACUCCGCAAAUCUCAGGUUGAAUCUUCUCAACUGCGUUUGAUACAAAAUGUAUCGACUCGAUGGAACUCGACCUUUUACAUGCUUGAGAGGUUUCUGGUACUCAUUGAUCCGAUCAGUUCAAUUUUGCUCAAGCUACCAAAAUCGCCGCCGUUGUUGACAGCCGAUGAAAUUGCCACCGUUCGAGACACAGUGCGCGUACUGCAGCCAGCUGAAAUGGUAACGAAGGAUCUAAGCGGUCAAAACUACGUUACGACCAGCAAGAUUAUUCCAACGGUUUAUUGCCUAAAAAAGUCCAUCGAGGGAGUUAAGACGACAUCGGAAAUUGUAGAGAAUUUCAAAAAUGCGAUCCUUAAAGAGCUCGAUAAACGCUUCAAGGGGAUUGAACUGAACCCUCUCACUGCGAUUGCAAACAUACUCGACCCCAGAUUCAAGCGAAUGUAUUUUUCGUCGGCAUUAUCGUGCGCUAAACUCAUCGAAAAAGUAAAUGUUCUCGUAAAGCAGUCCAAAUUGAAUAAACUCGGAGCUCAACAUCAACAGCCGGAAAAGCAUCUCGAGAAAGAGCGUGAGCGAAGUGGUAAUGACAAUGACGUUUGGAAAUUCCAUACGGAACUUGUAAAUCAACACAAGAAUUACGAUACAGAGACAAGCACCUCUGGGGGUCUCGAUGUGGAUCUUAAACAAUAUUUGGCUAACGAAACUAUUCCAUUGAACGCCGACCCCAUCAAAUAUUGGAUUGAUCGCAAAGAAAAUACUCCUGGAUUGGCUUCUAUAGCGCUGAAAUAUUUGUCUACCGUGGCGUCAUCUACACCGUGUGAGAGAUUGUUUUCUAUGGCCGGAAAUAUCGCAACUCCAAAUCGUAACAAGCUCAGCGGAAAACACCUAUCCCGAUUACUUUUUUUGAAAUCUUUAGAAUUCGAAAAAUGGCGCAUGUAGAUCUUGCGUUAUAACGAGCAUUCUCGUACGUUAGCGUCAUAUUUUUCCUUUAAUAUCAUAUCAUAAUAUAUCAUAAGUUAGCAGCGGAGCAUGUAAGUAUGCUUAUAACGAACCGGAUCGUUCGUUUGUGAUAUUAAUAUAAUUUUUUAUAUUUUAUUUCGCAAAGUCGUACAUGUAAACGUUGCUUGAUCCGUUUUUAAUACAAGUUUGCUUUUAAUCUUUUUAUUUCCUAAAAUGGCGUUUAGUUCCUGAAUUGUUGCCGUGAUGGAAGAUAUGAAUUUAAUUUUUCGUUAAUUUUGUAUUUAAUUUUCGUUUAACUGAAGCAAACAGAGAACACAUUUACGGUUGUAAUAAUACACAAAGAAUAAUUAUAUGCGUAAUAUUUAAUAUAUGCAAAAAAUUAUAAAAUGAUAAUGAAAAAGUUCCUAAUUUUUUUUUUAUUUUAAAAGAAGGAUUAAUAUUUUAUUUUUUGUUUCACGAAAGAAUCUUUGUGUACUCAACAGGUAAAAGAAAAAUCGAUAAAACAAUGUA